AUGGCUCAGAUCAAUUGCCUUGCUCAGCAUUUCGUCUCUAAUUCAACUAAAUUUACGGCUGUAUUCUCUUCAGACUUAAGCCGAGCAAGAAUCACAGCCGAGGGUGUCUGCCAUGCACAGGCUUCCCCCUCCGAUGAAACACCCUUGCGGCCCAUAUUGACUCGAAAUUUAAGAGAGAAAGAGCAUGGAUCGAUGGAAGGCAGCUUCUGGAACGCCUCUCCUCCAUCCCCAAGGCCGCGAGACUGGGUCAUACCCGAGUCAAAACCAUCGAUGAGAAAGAGAGCCGAAAAAUUUUUCGACAAACACCUGCUCCCACUAUUGAUGCGUGACCCACACAGCCGACAAAACAUCGCAGUCGUUGCCCACGGCAUUAUCCUCCAAGAGCUAUGGUCAUAUUUGAUUGAGAUCUUCACUCCCCCGGACACUGAGGUUGCUCCCGGAAUUUGUGACACCAACAUGACUACGCUUCAUAGGAAGCCUGUCUGGUCGAACACCGGCUAUAUGACGAUACUGAUUACCCCGAACCCGACAGAAAGGAACGUGCUGCCUACUGUCAUACCAAACUUCGCAUUCGUUGUUCUGGGCAUUGACGACAAGAGACAUCUUGCCGACCUCCAUCGUACUAGGGGUGGCGUUGGAACCGCUGCGCAUGACGUGAAACAAAAAAAGAUUGAUCAAUUUUUUCAAAAAGCGACCGUUUAA